UUUCAGUCUUCGUUAUCUUAUUGAAGCAUUUCGCCUACGAUUUUGACAGAGACUGAAAAAUGAAGUACAACCCUAGAGUUACUAGCUCUCGCCGGAAGAACAGGAAGGCCCAUUUCACGGCGCCUUCCAGCGUCCGAAGGGUCCUGAUGAGCGCACCGCUAUCAUCAGACCUCAGGACGAAGUACAACGUCCGAUCUAUGCCCGUUCGUAAGGAUGACGAGGUUCAAAUCGUUAGAGGAACAUUCAAGGGUCGAGAGGGAAAGAUCGUGCAGGUUUACCGGAGGAAAUGGGUUAUCCACAUCGAAAGAAUCACAAGGGAGAAGGUAAACGGAUCGACUGUUAACGUUGGUAUCAAUCCGUCCAAGGUUCUCAUCACUAAGCUCCGCCUCGACAAGGACCGUAAGUCUCUUCUUGACCGCAAGGCAAAGGGUCGCGCUGCUGCUGAUAAGGACAAGGGCACCAAGUUCACAGCUGAAGAUGUCAUGCAGAACAUUGACUAAAUUUGACCUUCCGGUUGAGGUUCUUUCUUCUAGCUUGUUUAUUUUUUAUCUCAAAAUUAGCAGAAACCCUAAUGAGUCUUUGAUUUUAUUUUUGUUAUUUUGAUAAGAAACGACUGUACUUUCAGAUUUUGGGUUCAUUUGUCUCAGAGUUUUUAUAUUUCAUAUAUGUUUCUUACU